CUCAGUCUUUUGCCUCGCGAUGAGAACCGACGAGCCAGACCAUCACACUCAAAUUGACUUUCGAUACGGCAUGUCCCGGCACUGAGAGCGUCGCCAUGUCCGAGCCUCUGAGGGGUAAACGCCUGAAUGUCUCGGGUGCGCAGCAGCGCCUGCUCAGCAUCGAUGUGGGGGCGUCCGACUGCGCAUCUGGGCUUCACUCUCCCCCACAACAUGAAGCAAGCCCAACGGCACUGCCCUUCCAACAUGAGGGCCACGCUCCAGACGGUCUAGGCGUUGGGGCUGAUUCGAUAUGACGCAUCACCAAGGGUGGAAGCGAGACACAGACUGAAUCAGCAACACUCAAAAAGGAGUGUCAGCAUGUCGUUGGUCGCCCUGAGGUUCACCAACAAUCCGGUUGCUCGUGUCCCAUGCCACUGUCAUUGAGCAAUGGUGGCCUGUGCCUGUGUCUGGUCUCAAGCUAAAUAUCUUUCUACUGGAUCAUCGCCAUCGUCCUUUCGAGUUUCGUCUCGGGAGCUCAUCACCGUUGUUCGCCAUGUCCUCUGAAGAGUUCGACGAGAAGCCGGCGCAACAUAUGGCCGUCCUGGGGGCAAGGGAGAAUGGCAGGCCAGACGACCCCGAGCGGCGGAAGCGAGAACGUGCGCUUGUUCGCAAGCUGGACUUUUUCAUAGCUCCCGUCAUGAUGAUGCUCAUGCUCAUCAGCUACCUGGAUCGAAGCAACAUUGGCUUUGCAGCGACCCAGGGCAUGACCCACGACAUUGGCCUCAAAGGAUCCCAGCUUAAUACUGCCGUAUCUGUCUUUUACAUCUUCUAUAUCCUCGCAGAGUUUCCUGCCGCCAUUCUCGUCAAGCGACUGCAGUUCAACCGGGCCAUUCCCGUCAUCACUUUCCUGUGGGGCAUCAUUUGUCUGAGCACAGGCUUCGUCACGUCCUUUGGCCCGCUCAUGGCCACUCGCGUUCUCCUCGGGCUCUUUGAGGGCUGUCUUUUCCCCUGCCUGACGCUCUUCAUGUGCAACUGGUACAAACGCGAAGAACUCGGAUUCCGCAUUGCUGUGCUGUUCAUUGCUUCGGCCCUCUCUGGUGCUUUCGGUGGACUGCUGGCAUGGGCGAUGCUUCACAUGAAUGGAGUUGCAGACAUGGCCGGCUGGCGCUGGCUCUAUAUCCUCGAAGGCCUCAUUACCGUUGUCUGGGCGGUAUGCUGUUUCUAUCUCAUUCCCAAAGACUAUGAGACGGCGUACUUCCUCAACGAUGCGGACAAGGCCCUCAUGCGGCAGCGAGCCGAGGAAAUGGAGGCGUACAGCGGUAGCUCGGGGCAUUACACCAUGCGUGACAUCAAGCUGGCCGCUUCAGAUUUCAAGAGCUGGAUUCACGGUUGCGUACAAAUUGCCGUCGUCACGAUUCUCUAUGGAUUCGGCACCUUCCUCCCCAUCAUCAUCAAAGACGGAUUCAAGUUCUCCACCGUUCAGGCACAGUACCUGGUCAUCCCAGUCAACCUCUGGGGUGCGGCCGUGUACGCCGUCGGCGCGAUCCUGUCCGACAAGUAUAGAACGCGCUUCCUGCCGUUGAUCAUCUGCGCUCCAAUCGGCAUCACGGGCUACGCAAUUUUGCUCGCCCCUGUGUCGGCUUCCGUUCACUAUUUUGGAACAUUUCUUAUAGCCACGGCUUGCUUCUUGUGCACUGGCGGGAACCUUACGUGGAUCUCGGCAAACUGCGCUCCGGAUGGAAAGCGCGCUGCCAGCAUCGGCAUUCUACUAACUCUGACCAACAUUGGUGGCGUCGUUUCCGGACAAAUCUAUCAGUCUGGUGCGGGCCCUAAAUACGUCCUUGGACAUUCCUGGUCAUUGGGGUGCCUGGGCUUCGCUUGGGUGAAUUGGUGGUUUAUCAGAGCAAUGUACAGGAAGCGCGAGGCCGAAAAAGACCGGCUCCUCGCCGAAGGUUCGGUUGACUCCUCAGAGGAGUUUACGGACCGGUCGCCAGAGUUUAGGUACCAGAUGUAG